UUGACCAAAGAUGGCGCCGCCGUACCUGUCACAGCGGGAAGGCUCAGACGUCCGUUGGGUCGCUCGUGCGCGAGGCGGGGGGAAGCCGGGCGGGAGAUGGCGCUGCGGCUUCUGCUCGCGAUGCUAACGGCGGCGGGGGCGGCGGGUGAUUGUGGCAGACCUCCAGAGCUGGAAAAUGGAUCUCCAUUUAAUGAAUCUGUUUCUGAGAUGGCAUUUGAAGUGGGGACAGUGAUUAAUUACAGAUGUGAUUCAGGUUAUGUAUUCAAGGAAGAUUCAUUAUUGGGUUCAAGAUCUGUUACUUGCAAGGACGAUUCAACUUGGACACCAUUGCAGGUGAAAUGUGAAGUGAAGAACUGUGGUAAUACAGGAGAGAUAAUACAUGGAUAUUCUCGGGCACCAAACACAACUUUUCGAAGUAAAGCUGUUUUUUAUUGUGAUUCAGGAUACCUGUUGGUGGGUAGGAACUACCAGUUAUGCACAGCUGACGGUUGGAGUGGUCAAAUUCCAACAUGCGAAGCUGUCACAUGUGCUAAUCUUUCACCCAUUAGUAAUGGAGAGGCUCCAUCACCACCCUACGGAGAGCACUGGGAGUAUGGAAUGGUCGCAAAAUAUUCUUGUGAUAAGAAGUACUCAUUGAUUGGUACAGAGAGACUUGUUUGUACAGAGACUGGAGAGUGGAACAACCCACCACCAAAAUGCAAAGCUGUUCUGUGUCAUCCUCCUAACUUGCCAGAGAAUGGGCAGAUAGAGGCAGGAUUCGGCCCAACAUACACCUUUGGGGAGACUAUCAGCUACAGCUGUGCUGAGGGUUUUCAAAUGGUCGGCGAGAGUAUGAUAGAAUGUAGAGAGAACAACACAUUUGUACCAGGACCCCCCUCCUGCAAGCCCAUCACAUGUGCAGACCUUCCACCGAUUAAUAACAGUCUAGCUCCAUUACCAUCCUAUGGACAGCACUGGGAAUACAGAAUGGUUGCAAAAUUCUCCUGCAGUGCAGGCCAUUCAUUGAUUGGUGCAGACAAACUUGUUUGCACAGAGACUGGGGAAUGGAACAACACACCACCAGAAUGCAAAGCUGUUCUUUGUCAUCCUCCUGACUUGCCAGCAGAUGGCCAGAUAGAGGCAGGAUUCGGUCCGACAUACUCAUAUGGGGAGACUAUCAGCUACAGCUGUGCUGAAGGUUUUCAGAUGGUCGGCGAGAGUGUGAUAGAAUGUAGAGAAAACAAUACAUUUGUUCCAGAACCUCCCUCUUGCAGACCUGUUCAAUGUCAUCGUCCUGAGCAGAUAGCAGAUGGCCAGAUAGAGGCAGGAUUCGGUCCGACAUACUCCUAUGGGGAGACUAUCAGCUAUAGCUGUGUUGAAGGCUUUCAGAUGGUCGGCAAGAGUGUGAUAGAAUGUAGAGAAAACAAUACGUUUGUACCAGAACCUCCCUCCUGCACACUGAGGAACUGCAGUAAUCCAGGAGAAAUAGUGAAUGGAUAUAUUCAGGCACCAAAUACAACUUUUGGAAGUAGAGCUACUUUUUCCUGUAAAACAGGAUAUCAGCUGGUGGGACGGAGCUACUUGUUGUGUGCUGCUGAUGGAUGGGAUGGACAAAUCCCGACAUGUGUAGCUAUCAGAUGCGCUCCUCUUCCACCAAUUAGCAAUGGGAUAGCUCCGUCACCACCCAGCGGAGAACAGUGGGAGUAUGGAAUAGUCGCAGUGUACUCCUGUGAUGCAGGCUAUUCAUUACAAGGUGCAGUCAAUCUCACUUGUAGAGAGACUGGAGAGUGGAACUGGACUCCUCCAAUGUGUAUAGCGAAGAACUGUGGAUAUCCAGGAGAGAUAGUGAAUGGAUAUUCUGUGGCAGCAAAUACUACCUUUGGAAGUAGAGCCAUUUUUUAUUGUAAAAAAGGAUUCCUGAUGGUGGGAAAGAACUACCGAGUAUGUACUGCUACAGGUUGGGAUGGUAAAGUCCCAGUGUGUAAAGAAAUAAAGUCAACACCAGUGAAGGUUGCUAAGUUUGCAGAGCCUAGGCUGAAGCUCUCCCAAGUUGAAGCUCGAAAGAAGUCAGGCUUUGAAACUGCUGGCAUUGUCAUCGUCUGCAUUAUAGUCUUCUGCUUUGCUGUUGGUAUUAUUGCUGGAUUAUUCCAGUAUAAGAAAAGGUGCUGGCUGUCCAGACUGCGUAAAACCCACAAGAAAAUUCGCAUUAAACCUCAGCCCAGUCAAAGCAAAGGGGAGGCCCAUUUUGAUGAAUACUCUGAUCAUCCAACCUGAUCUUAAUGAAAGAAAUCCUCUGGUAAAGGUCAAAAUCCUGUAGUGCAAACUGCUGGCAACAUUCUAAUUCGUUAAUGUCAUCUCCAUGGAAAUUAACUCAAACAUUUUCCUUACAGUGUGUUGUGAAACACACAUUGGGUUGAGAGUUGGAGUUGUUUAGAGGUUUCAGGUUUAAUAUGUUUAAAAAGGCAGAUGAACAGUAUUUUUUUUAGAUGAACAGUAUUUGAUCACAGUUGUGUUUGCAAGGGUGUUAGUCAGGUCCCAAGUGAACUGUUAGUACUGAUUGGUGGUCCGAUGAGGUUUACUUUCAAGAACUUGCAUAAUCUGUUUCAGCGUGAUUCUGUGUUCCCUUUCAGUUUCCAAUGAAUAUGUUCAGUACCGAAUGUUGAAGCCUUAAAAUGACCAACUCACUUGUUAACAUCCCACUAUUUUCUUGUGGUAUGGUUCACCUAAAGUUAGACUGUUCUAUAACCUCCGUUUAGGUCUCACUGUUCCAACAUGACAUCUAAGUGCUUCUUACAUUAUCGUACUGUAUUGAGUCAAGUUUGGAAUGAGAUCUUUGGACCUAUUUACUGAUGGACAGUUUGACAAUGAGAUCAUCUAUAACAUAAACAGCUUUUUCACUGAGAAGAUAAUUGAUUAUAAAUUUAUACACAUAACAUCUGAUUUUAAGUGUUAUCGGAACUGUUUGGUGUUAAUUUCUGAUCUUGCGUUACUGUUCAGUGUUUGGGUACCAACCAGAUUUGAUUAAAUUUUGUAUGAAAUGUUGUUGUUUUUGAAAUCUGAGAAAGAUCUACUUAUUUGAAUGUUUUGUCUCA